UCACACAAUUUGCAGAGACCGAUGAAGCUUGCGAGGUUUAUAACUCCAAGCUUCGGCUAUGGAUUCUUCGAUCAUUCCUCAUUCUGGGCCCCUGGAUUUGCCUGAGUGAUGUGGCGUAGAGCCGGAAUUUUGCGAGGGCUGGGCGUUCGGCGGUUUUCAGCGGAAACUCGCCGUCGUAUCGAGGACGAGGGAGACUGGUUUUACGCCUCAGAAUGGUGGGGGAACGAUUACGACGGCGACGGCGACGGCCGCACUGUUUUCAGUUCAACAUCUGAGAAAGGAAAUGGCGUCGUCUCUGUUCUUUCAUACCCUUCCUCCAGGCCUAGUGGGCUUCAUUGGCCAGGGACUGGAAGGUGGCUUCAGCAAAGAUAUGCAGAGGUAUGCCCUGGUUGCAAGAACGGGGAACGGUUCGGGAUUCUUGGAUAUCAAUGGCGAGUGCUUCGUUUCAAUGACAAUACUCGCCAAAGCACAGCUAAAGUAAUGGCUGCUUACCGGGAAUCAAAACCAGAGUCAAUUUUCCUCAUGCAGCAGGCGCAUUGUUUGGCUGUUCCUUAUCUAAAGAGUAUGAUAUCAGUUGGGCUGACCACUAUUGCAUCUUGUGGGUAUGAUCUUUUGAAUGCAAUCCAAGGAAAACAAAAUCUACGUAUUUUAUGUAUUGGUCAUGGUGGUGGGAGCUUGCCUCUAUUUUUAGCAAGUAAAAUUCAAGGUGCCAACGUUGACAUAGUUGAAAUCGACCCUCUUGUGAUCUCGGCCUCAAUCCAAGCCAUGGGCUUCCCAGCGUUCUCAGUUAUGACUGCAUCAGGAGAGCAUGCAUUUGCCCGACCCGAAUCCAUUGACGAUGUCAUGUGGAAAGGCAUCCAUGAAAGACUUUUCCUCUACGAAUUAGAUGCAGAGGAUUUCGUCUGCAACACGACCAAUCUAUACGACAUGAUCUUCAUUGAUGCUUACGAUGGAGAUGACAUAUUCCCGAACAAACUCUGGGAUCCAAAUUCCACAUUUCUUGAAGCUCUCAGCAAGCGACUUCAUCCUAAACAUGGAACUGUGGUGGUGAAUCUUCACUCUGAUUCCGAUCUCUUGACUUCUGAUGGCUCUGUCCCAUCUGUUCUUGAACAUAUAUUGCCAAUGGGAAAGUACGUAUCUCGAAUCGGUCGAGCGUACAAGGAUGUUCUAACACGAGAUGGGAGUUCUUCUGGUGAAAGUUCUGGUUUAGGAUUCACAGUGGCGGUUCCGUGGGUUUGCAAUACAUCUCUGGUUGUGUGCAAAGGUUUCGAAAUGAACGGUGAGUAUCUCGACCGGGAUCUUUUAAUGAACACAUUGAUAUCUAAAUCCCUUGAAGUAGAAAGUCUUCUGAAGCUGCCAUUUUCUUGUUUGGAGUAUAUAAAGAGAGGUUUUGUACUUGUUGAUUAAUAGUUCAAACACUUCACUUUACUAGGCAUUGAAAAUUUGAAAUGCUUUAGCAUCACUUCAUCUCUUUUGCUCA